AUGGGGCCUCAGAAAAUGUUGACCUUAUGGUCAAGCAGGCCCUGCUGGGAUUGUUUCUAUUGGUUUUUUCGGUUGUGGGAUUGGCUAUUGGUCAAGUUUGGAGAUUAUUCGCACUGGUUGCAGAAAUAUGUGGUUAAUGAACAGAAUUGGGAGGAGAUUAAGAGCUGUUUGGUUGAUACAGAAUUCUGUCAGCAUCUACCUACUAGCAAAAGCCCCGACUUUCACAAAUAUAACCUCUCUGCUAAUCAGCUUGUUUGGAUGGUUGUUACCCAUGGUAAGCAUUUUUUUUUUUAUAUACAAUUCAUCAGUUAUUUUUUCAAUUUUCGAAAUCCAUUCAUCCAAAAAAAAAAAAGGAAGAUGGUCCGGUUAAGCAAUUUCAUCAUCGCAUUACUUAACUGUGUGACACUAGUAGCUUCUCUGGCAGCUAUAGGGUUGUCAAUUUGGUUACAUAUCAACGACAGCGCUACGCUUUGCCUGAAAGUGUUACAGAAGCCUUUACUGAUAGUGGGAGUGUGUCUACUUGUUGUUUCAGUUUUGGGAUUGGUUGGGUCCUUAUGCCAAGUCUCGUUUAUCCUCUAUAUCUAUUUGUUCUUCUUGUUCUUGCUCAUUGUGGGAUUGCUUUGUUUCACGGUGUUUUCAAUUUUGGUCACAAAUAAAAACGUGAGCAAAGCUUUAUCUGGUAGAGGUUAUAAGGAAAUCAAGACUGGAGAUUACACGAAGUGGUUGCAGAAGUAUGUGGUGAAGGAAGAAAACUGGGAGGAGAUUAAGAGUUGUUUGGUUGAUAGCAAAUUUUGUCAGCGUUUACCUAGCGGCAAAGGGGCUGAUUUUUACAAAUAUAGCCUCUCUGCUACUCAGUCGAGUUGCUGCAAGCCACCCACUUACUGCGGCUUGGAGUUCCACAAUGCUACCUCCUGGACCAUGCCCAAAACAGGGCCGGUCGUAGCAGACAAUGACUGCAAGAUUUGGAGCAAUGGACAGACAGAGCUCUGUUUCAACUGUCAAUCAUGCAAGACAGCAUUUCUCGACAACAUCAAGAAAGAUUGGAAGCAACUGUCCCUCGUCAACUUUGGCUUCUUCCUUCUAGUCCUUUUUGUUUACUGUGUUGGUUGUUGCGCUCUCAGAAACAACAAAUCAAAGGGAUACCUAGGGGUGACAAAAGUAACCCAAACUCAUCCAACCCGCCAAGACAGCCUCCUCCCAGACCGCCUAACCCGCCCAAUCCACAAUUUUAAUCCGUAUUUCUUUUAUUUUCAUCGUUAGAUACCAUGAUGAUUUGUUUUAAUUAUGUGUUUAUUCUUUGUGUUUUUUUAGAACCCAAAAUUUAGAGGAAUUGCAAUGUAUUCGAAGUCCUAUAUAAGAGAAUCUUGUUGAGUGUUUUUUUCGUGUUGAUUGCAUUGUCUGGUUACUGUAAUUCUCUUAGGUUUACCAUUUUACAUUAUCAAUUUCCUCCUUGUGUUGAGUCCUCUCAUGAUUGAUGGAUGAAGUUCUAUAUAACACCAACAAUUACAUCUAGGUUGUAUAUAUAAACUUCUAUAUAUCAUGUUUCAUAUUUAUAUGUGUUUUAUAUUUGGUGUGAGAAUUUGUUGCUUAUAGGUCUAUUCAUGUAUGGUUGAGCUUCACAGGCCGUUAUUGAUUUCUUUCGGGAUCAUUUUUUUAAUUUUUUUUUCUGAUGACAUGAGAACCCGCAGCAGCUACCCUUCAGGUGCGCACAGGAUAAACCUAACUCCUGUGCAAUAGCUCACAAACCACACAGGAGAGGUAACCUGCACUAGGCAAGUCCCGUGCAACAAGCUCCACCCAGAAGGCAAAUCCUCUGUCGUAGGCAGGGGGUUUCGAACCUAAAACCUCCAUUAUGAAAGCCCCAUGCUCAACCAACUGAGUCAUCCUUGCGGGUCUUUUUUUAAAUUAUAUUUACUUCACAAAGCUUCGUGGUUGUGUUUUUGUCAUGAUUCUUUGAUUUUGUUGAUGUUUUUUCCCUUUCUGUAUUUUAUGUUCUUUCUUGUUUUGGGUUUGGGGUGGUUCCCGGAAUAGACGAUGAAGGAACCAAUAGGAUGAGCAGGUGCAACAA